UUGUAAUGUAAUUUGACCUGUUAAUAAAUGCCAGUUUUUUGACGUUGCCUUUGUCACAAUUCUCAAUUUCAUAAUUGUCAACCAUCUUCCAACUUCUAUCAAGUUUUUCCAUUUCGUUUUUAAUACUGAGUAUGACAUUGCACUAGCAAGACCACCAAAUACGACAUUUCUUUUCAUAGUUUUCUAACCUUUUUGGGAACAACCUUAUUCACAUUAGUAAAUUUCUGAAAAUUUGACAAUUUUGGUUUUGACAAUUUGCGUUUUUUUUUGCACUUAAGUGUACAAACAACAUGAAAACGUGAUUUUCCUAAGAAUUCAAAUUUCUUGUUGACAAAUCUGUAUGUUUAAAAUCGGAUUUACAUAACUCAGUUUAUACAAAUUUAUCAUUGAAAAUGAAAAACCACUCCUAUUUUUUGUAUUAUUUGGUUAAUUUGGUAACUGUCGGUUGAAAUUAAAUAAAUUAAUUGCGAUUUUGUUACACAAUUCUUUGUGAAAUAAAAAAUUAAUAAAAUGCAACUCUAAGAACAAAAAGAAAAAACUUCUACGGACUGAAGCACAUAAAUUUUCACGGAUUAAUGAUAUCAUUAAAAAAUGGUUAUCCCUUUCCUGUCUCAGUCAAAAAAAAAUACUGAAAUAUGAGACCAUUUGACUACAGAAUUUAUUUCAAAGUUGGCAACACCUGCCUACUACUUCUAAUGUGUUAUUGUGUAUGUUGGCAACAGAAAUUAUGUUAAUACUGGCGACAAAACGCAGUAGACUCAAUUUUUUACAUACCUCUAAAAAACAAUUAAAUGUUUAAAAUCGGAUUUACAAUAGGUAAAUAUGAUCAGACAUAAAAAUCCUAAAUUAUUUUUUUAAGCAUCAAUAGUCGUAUCAAUAGUUAAAAAAAAUUGUACCACCAUUGAAAAUCCAGUUUUUGAUAUUGUUUAAUCCUGAAAAAAAUAAACGUAAUUAUUAGUAAAAAUAAAAUGGUGAAAUGUUUAAAAUAGUACAUAACCAUGUUUAUUUCAUCGAAACAAUACAGCUAAUGCUGCAACCAACAAAACACCGGUGUUUUGGUUGUUGCUUACUUCUUUCAAUGAUUUCAUUUAACCGUUAAAGGUUAUGUCUUAUGUCACAUUUUUUCAUAGGUUAUAGGACAACUAAAAAACUCUUAAAUUUCGUUAUGUUCGAGAUGAUUUAACUCACUUCCAAAUUGUACGAAAAAAGUGUUCAGGUGGCAACAUUCCGAACAAUGUUAUUUAUAAAAGGACAGUUUUUCAAGACUCGACUGUUUUCAAAAACGGCGAGAUUUUUCAGUUCAGACUUGAUGCCAAACUUGUCCCAAUUUAGUAUUGAACCAAAGUUUAACAACGCAGAGCAAGAAAAAAUUCUAAAUAUCCUCAACGAAUCCAACAAAGAUCAAUUACAAUGUUUCAAUGUUGCCCAAACUAAUAUAAAAAAAAUAGAAAAUUACAAAAAGAGAAACGGCCCAUUUAAGUCACUUAAUGAGCUUUUGGAAGUCGACGGCUUAAGUGUUAAAAUGCUGGAGAAGAUGUGCAAACAAUUAAUUUUGGACUCCACAAAUCCAAAUGUAAAAACCACCACUAAUGAGAAUAAAAAAACGAGACAAAUUCUAACACCACAACUACCAACAUCAACUGACUUGUCAACAGCAGUAGGCAUACAUUUAGCCCCCAUGGGGGUGAGUUGGGCGAAAAUAAGUGUCUCAGGAAACCAGCUUGAAUCUUGGGGCUAUGAAGACUUCACAAAUCUCCCAAAAAAGAUGUUUUCAACUGACACGUUUAAACUAGCCUUGGAUAUUUUAAAUCAACUUCCGACAGGUGACGCUUACAUAUUUGAAGGGAAUUCAAGUAUGGGCCAAAAACAGUCCUCAGCGGUGCCCCCUUACACUCAACAAUUAGAAUUGUGCUCCAUGUUGUUGGCUCUUAUCAACACCAGCUCCAAUCACAAUAAAAUUUCACAAAAUUCUGUCUAUUUUUUAAGGUCAAAAUUACCCGCAAGGAUGUUUAAAACUUUGGUUGGUAAUGAGUGUGUUUCAUGCACUUCUGUAAUACUACAAUUAUUGGGUGAUUCCCCCGAUGAUUUUACACUCCCCUGUUCUUCUAUUACUUUUGAAGAAAAGUUGAAAAGUGAUUAUUUGGUCCAAUCACCGGCUCAUAAAGAACUUCUAGGUCAGGCUUUAAUGUUAGUGAUUGCUUUUAUGGAUUUAUGCAUCAGGAAAAACCCAAUUAGCAUCAAAGCCAUCGCACCCAAUAGAAAAUGACAUGUAAAAAAAUAAUGUACAUAAAUAAAGAAAUCAAAAGUUUUUUUUU